UCCUCCAAUGCCCUCCCAGGCACCCUCUUUUGGGGGGCCUGUGACACUGAAUGUAGGGGGAACGCUGUAUGCUACGACCCUGGAAACUCUGACUCGAUUCCCAGACUCAAUGUUGGGGGCCAUGUUCAGAGAGGGUGCAGCACUGCCACCCAACUCUGGUCCCCAGGGUAGCAACUACUACUUUAUCGACCGGGAUGGUAAAGCCUUCCGUCAUAUCCUCAAUUUCCUGCGCCUGGGCUGCUUGGACUUGCCUAGGGGGUAUGGGGAGACAGCUCUCCUGAGAGCUGAGGCUGAUUUCUACCAGAUCCAGCCCCUGCUAGAUGCACUCAGGGAAUUGGAGGUAACUCAGGGAACUGAGGUGAUCACAGCUGCCUUGUUCCAUGCAGAUGUGGAUGCCACCCCCCGACUGGUCCACUUCUCAGCUCGUCGAGGUCCCCACCACUAUGAGCUUAGUGCUGCCCGAGUUGACACCUUUAGGGCCAAUAUCUUCUGCACAGAUCCCACCUGUCUUGGGGUGCUUCGGUCCCGUUUUGGAGUCGCUGAAGGGGAAGAAGCAGAAGGAAGUCCCCAUUUCCGUUUGGAAUGGGCUCCCUGCCCGGAAGGGCUCCCAGAGGUUGAGUAUCGACGUCUAGGAUUGCAGCAGCUGUGGGUAGUAGGAGAGGCUGGUGAGAAGCGGGAGGUAGUAGGGAUAUCUGGGUUCCUGGAGGAAGUGCUCCAGGUGGCUCUAGAACAUGGCUUUCGACUUGACUCUGUCUUCCCCGACCCUGAGGACCUGCUGAACUCUCGAUCGCUGCGUUUUGUCCGACACUGAAGAAUAGUGACUUGGUUUGGGAGAAAAGGGAAGAGUCAAUAAAGUUGGGGGUGCAAUCCCUCCAUACUCCUCUUAGAUCUGGAAGAGACUUGGUACCUUCUAGAAGGACUUGGAGGAGGUAGGAGCUGUGAGAGUUCAAGGGGACUUCCAGUCUGUCUCUUGACCUGAUCUUCAAUCCGGGAAGGAAUAGAACAUUGGAAAACCUCCAUUCCCCCACUGCACAACCCAGCUUACCCUGAAGGACUAUGAAAGUUGCUGGAUGGGGGGGGGGGCGGUGGAGGGGUGGCACCCUAUGGUCCUCCACAGGAGCUCAGACUUGAGAGAAAUAUCUUUUUGUUUGUUUGGUUUGGUUUGGUUUUGGGGGGCAAUGAGGGUUAAGUGACUUGCCCAGGGUCACACAGCUAGUAAGUGUCAAGUGUCUGAGGCUGGAUUUGAACUCAAGUCCUCCUGAAUCCAGGGCCAGCGCUUUACCCACUUCUGCUACCUAGCUGCCUGAGAGAAAAUAUCUUAAAGAAAUCCUAAGUUGGGGGUUGGGGAGGGGAGUGAGCAGUGGAAAUCCAAGCAUUAUCCAUAAACUUGAUGUAAUAAAUGCUGGUUGACUGACUAAUGGGUGAUUCCCAUACCCCACCCAAUGCCCAUGUUUCCUGCUGACAGGGAAUGGAGAUGCUGAGGUGGAGGGAUGUUCAGAGUCUCUUCCUCUGUCUGUCAGUGCUUUAUGUCUCUGAAUGGCAAUAGAAUCUGUCAUUUGUCUUUUGAUCUCUGACUUUGCUCCUUUCCCAAUCUUGGGGCUUGUCUAGGCCUGUUCUGGAAAAUACCUAUUACAGGGUUGUCUUUUGAUGUGAAAUGAUUGGAUUGGCACAAGGUGUGUGCAUUUGUGUACAUUCAGUGCACAGGUAGAAAAUUUAUUAUUGAAUCAUAAGGUGGCAUAUGACUGUGCCUCCACAGCCCUCUGUCAACAUAGGCAGAACCUGUGUAUCUCUGUCUCUGAGAGAGCCUGAAGGCAAAAACUACAGGCCUAGUUGGGCUGGUGAGGCUAUUGUGUAGUUAUUGGUUGCUAUAGCAACAUGGUCCUGAUGCUAGGUUUCACUCUAGUGGGAGGCCUGGGCAGCCCUGAGCUGGAAGAGAAAUUUAAUUCAACAAACUUAAGAAGGGAGGGGAAGGAAAUGGAAUAUUUGCUCUCCUAUUUUGCACAGAUACUUUUUUUUUUCAGGAAGAGUCACUAUUUAUUGUUCAAGCCUAAU